AACACUUUUAGGACAUCUCCCAAUUAUUUAAGACAUCACUUACUUUCCCUCCAAUCAGGGACCACGGUGUCUGUGGGUUUUCAUUUUCUUCGUUAAUCAAUCUCUCUGUAUCUCUCUCCGGCUCUCUCUCUCUAAAAAUCAACUUGUUCCCUUUGUUUAAUCUAUAAUCAUCUCUCACUAGUCCCCCGGCGGGAGAGAAGGAAGUAGAAGAGUAGAAGAAAUCAUUUUUCAAGCUUCUACGGAACUGCCCUCUGUUUAUAAUACUCUCCUUUAUUAAUUUAUCUACUUAAUCUCCACUACACUUCUCUCUCUCUCUCUCUCUCUCUCUCUCUCUCUCUCUCUCUCUCUCUCUCUCCUCUCCUCUGUGUAUAUAUCCUCCCUUUUCAACCACACUCUCUUCCAAACCUUGGUGGGUCCUCCAUUUCUGUGCAUAAUUAGGUUUCUAUCUUCUUGGUUUUCCAUAAAGUUGCCAUCUUUAUCUUCAUUCCUGUGUGUUUUUGUUCAUGUGAGAGUCAGAUGGUAAUGGUACACGGAUUGCUUUAAAUAAUUCAAUGUCAAAGUUCUCGAGAAAUUCUAGUACAGAUUCCUCAAUAAUACCCUCAGCAGACAUAUCAAGAAAAGCAGGAAAUGCUUGGAAUAUCCCUCACAGUACUGAUGCGCAUUAUGCGUCAACUGAUGCUAGCUUGUUUUCAAGCUCCCUGCCCAUCCUCUCACAUAAGAAGUUAAAUCACAUCGGACAUUCUGGUCUAUCUGUUGAUGAUGACUUUCCUCCCUUGAGCAAGAUUCGUUCCGGAGCUGAAGGUAAAAGUGCAGUUACCGAGUCAAAUGCAGUUGGCAACUUACUUCCUGGAAAUGAAGAUGAUCUUUUGGCUGGUGUAAUGGACGAUUUUGAUCUUAGUGAUUUGCCUACACAACUGGAGGAUUUGGAAGAUGAACUUUUUGACAGCGGAGGGGGGAUGGAAAUGGACUUUGACUUCCAAGAUAGCCUACUGACAGGUGUCUCCAGUUUAAGCAUGUCUGAUGGGGUUCACAACGGCAUUGGUAGCCAUAGUCUUACAAACAGUGGAGGGACAGUUGCUGGUGAACAUCCAUAUGGUGAACAUCCUUCAAGGACACUAUUCGUUCGUAAUAUUAAUAGCAACGUUGAGGAUUCUGAGUUGAAAUCCCUCUUUGAGCAAUAUGGAGAUAUAAGAACCCUAUACACUGCAUGCAAGCACAGGGGCUUUGUCAUGAUAUCAUACUAUGACAUUCGAGCUGCUAGAACUGCUAUGCGUGCACUCCAAAAUAAGCCUUUGAGACGCAGAAAGCUUGACAUUCAUUUUUCAAUUCCAAAGGAUAACCCAUCCGAAAAGGAUAUUAAUCAAGGCACCCUAGUAGUUUUCAACUUGGAUGCAUCUGUAUCAAAUGAUGACCUGCGCAAUAUAUUUGGGGCUUACGGGGAAGUAAAAGAGAUCAGGGAAACCCCUCACAAGAGACACCACAAGUUCAUAGAGUAUUAUGAUGUUAGAGCUGCAGAGGAAGCCCUUAAAGCAUUAAAUAGGAUUGAUAUAGCUGGGAAACGCAUAAAGCUUGAACCUAGCCGGCCUGGUGGGGCCCGUCGGAACUUGUUGCAACAAUUAAGUCAAGAGCUGGAUCAAGAUGAAACCUGGACAUUUCGGAAUCAAGUUGGUUCACCAUUGAACUCUCCUCCAGGUAACUGGACACACUUUGGUAGUCCAGUUUCAGUUCAAGGAUUUAAUCUGUCACCAGGAUGGGAAACACUGAGCCCUGUAAAUAGCAAUCAGGUGAAAAUUCAUGGAUUGGCUUCCAUUCUUCCGGCUCGUUUGUCAAACCCUGUCAAAAUUGCCCCGAUUGGUAAAGAAUCUAAAGAACAUGGAAGGUCUCUGCAAGGAGUGGCUUAUCAGCAUUCCCAUUCUUUUCCAGACCAAAAACCAAGUGCAAGUCCAAUAGCUGUGUCCUCUUUAGGUGACUCCAGUUCUAAUCCAUCAGGCGUUGGAACUCUUUCCGGUCCUCAGUUUCUCUGGGGAAGUCCCACUACUAACUCCAUGAGCAGCAAUACUUCUGCCUGGCCAACUUCAUCCACGGGGGUCUCAUUUACAUCAAAUGGACAGGGAAAAGGACACCUCUUUCCCAGUCGUCCUAGCACUAGUAUUGGUUCACAUCAUUACCAUCACGUGGGAUCUGCUCCGACUGGCAUGCCACUUGACAGGCACAUCAGCUACUUACCUGAGUCGCCAGAGAUAUCUUUUCUGAGCCCAGUGGCAUAUGGAGGUUUAAAUCGCAAUAACAGAAGCUAUAUGACAAACAUUCCUCUUGCAGGAUUGGGUAUUGGCAUUGCUCCACUUGGAAACAUGUUUGAAAAUGGUUCUCCUAGCUCCAGGAUGAUGUCAAUUCCAAGGAAUGGUCCUAUAUAUUUUGGGAAUGGUUCAUAUCAGGGAACUGGACUAAUACAUGAUGGAUUGGCUGAAAGGGCAAGGGCAAGGCAGAUCGAGUAUGCUGGGAACCAGUUAGAAAACAAGAAACAGUAUCAGCUUGAAUUGGAUAAGAUUAUGAGUGGGGAAGACCGUAGGACUACCUUAAUGAUAAAAAAUAUCCCCAACAAGUACACUUCAAAAAUGUUGCUGUUAGCUAUUGAUGAAAAUCACGGUGGCACUUAUGAUUUUCUGUACUUGCCAAUUGAUUUCAAGAAUAAAUGUAAUGUUGGUUAUGCCUUCAUCAACAUGAUUUCACCUUCACAUAUAAUCUCCUUCUAUCAGGCCUUUAAUGGAAAGAAAUGGGAAAAGUUUAAUAGUGAAAAAGUUGCGUCAUUAGCAUAUGCACGCAUCCAGGGAAAGGUAGCCCUUGUUACUCAUUUCCAGAAUUCAAAUCUAAUGAAUGAAGACAAGCGAUGCAGGCCUAUACUUUUCCAAUCCGAGGGCCAAAGUUUUGGCGAUAAGGAACCAUUUCCCUACAACAACUUGAACAUAUGUAUUCGUCAACCGGAUGGAUCAUAUUCAGGUGAUUCCUUGGAAAGUCCCACCAGUAGCCCUGAGGACAAAAACCCUUAUCUGAGCUAAACAUGCAACGAAUGUAGCUAGCGUUCAUAGGCGAUAUUUAUGAGUGCUAACAAUUUCAUUGUACAUAUCAAGAAAAAGAAAAAAGGACACUAUGUUCAUGCACUACGCAGUAUCCGUUUUUUUAGGGAUACUCCACAGUAAUUAACAGGCGCAGGAGGCAUCAAAGAGAACUGGCGAAGGAAGUAUUUUCAUUUAAGGCAACAAUAUCGUAAUCAGCAAGGAAGAAGAAUAUUUUGGCUCUUCCAGCUGAAGCUUUUAACAUGGUCUGCAGCUUGUGGAUGAUCUUCCCAUAAUUUCCUCAGAUUUUCAAGUACAACUGUUUUCCUCUAGUUGCUGAUGGAAUUUUCUAUGUAAAUAUAUGAAACAUGUUUAUGUAAAUUACUGUAAGUAAGGAUGGGGAUGUUUUUUAAAGUGUAUAGAAGAAAGGGAAACAGACCCCCAAGGAAUGAUCUUUUGUUAUGUACCAAACUAAACUAAUGGACUUGUAUAACUAUGCACAUAUAUUUAUUGAUCUUGUA